AUAUAUAUACAUCAUGUACGUCUUGAAACACUGCUAAGUUCAUAACUGAAUUAUUAUUUAUCAGACGGAAAACUCUCAAAAGCAAUCGGAGCGCUCAACAUGAAAUUUGAAGCGUUAAUCGGCCUUGUAUUAGUCUUCCUCUCAGGGGUUUACUCGGCCAAGUUCACAUUCACAAACAAAUGUCCCAACACAGUUUGGCCAGGAACCCUAACCGGAGGCGGUGGCCCACAAUUACUUUCCACGGGAUUUGAGUUAGCCUCCGGUGCUUCAACAUCACUGACUGUCCAAGCUCCGUGGUCCGGCCGCUUCUGGGGCCGCUCUCACUGCUCGAUAGACUCCUCCGGAAAGUUCAAAUGCUCAACAGGAGAUUGUGGCUCUGGCCAAAUAUCCUGCAAUGGUGCCGGUGCAAGUCCACCAGCAUCCCUAGUGGAGUUAACCCUAGCAACCAACGGAGGACAAGAUUUCUACGAUGUUAGCCUUGUUGACGGCUUCAACUUGCCCAUUAAGUUAGCCCCCAGAGGCGGCUCCGGUGAUUGCAACUCCACAAGCUGCGCGGCCAAUAUAAACACUGUUUGUCCUGCCGAGUUGUCUGACAAAGGAUCAGAUGGGAGUGUGAUUGGCUGCAAAAGUGCAUGUUUGGCUUUAAAUCAGCCCCAAUAUUGUUGCACUGGCGCUUAUGGAACCCCUGAUACAUGCCCUCCUACUGACUUUUCAAAGGUCUUCAAGAAGCAGUGUCCCCAGGCUUAUAGUUAUGCUUAUGAUGACAAAUCUAGUACUUUCACAUGCUUUGGUGGCCCUAACUAUGAAAUUACCUUCUGCCCUUGAUUAGGGUUUUUACAUCUAUUGGGAUUUAUCAAUAUUUUGUCAUGACUCCAUAUAUAGAAUAAGUGGACAAUAUGAAAUUAGCAUGAUCAAUGUGAAUUAAUGGUAUAAAUUUUUAUUUAAUAU